UCCUUUUCAGAAAUCUCUGGGUGAUAGGAUUUGCAUUAUGUAUACUUGGAGUGGCUGCUGGAGCCCUAUACAUUCCAACCUUCCAAAACUGCCUUGAUGCCGUCAAGGAAUACGACUUUGACGACUCGAUCUACACCUACGGUUGUGUGUCCGGCAUUUUCCAGAGCGCUUUUGCGUUUGGCGGAUUUAUCGGUCCUACCCUCGGUGGAGCGGCGGUACAAUGGAUAGGGUUUGAAUGGACGUCGACGGCGAUAGCAAUUGUCAACGUGAUAUUUAUCGUAACUCUCCUAUUCUACUACGGCACCAAAUCGAUGCGACAACGAUCGAUUCAACGAAUUUUGGAA